AUGGCCCAGCUUCCCCCAGCGCUGCGCCUCCCCUGGUGGUCAGCCUCCUUCCCUGCCCUCAACCCUGCUCCUCCUCUGGCGGCCAGAGUGCAGGCAGGUCGCCCCCGGCUCGGCGCUGGGCAGCCGGGGCGGGCAGAGGCGGGCGUAGCGGCUGGCGGCGGCAGAGCGCUGGUGACAGACCACUGGUGGAGAGAGGUACAACAGGCUGGACUGAACACCCAGGUCGGAGGCUGCCCUUUCUGCACCUCAGUCCUUGACCUCUGCCCAGCCAGUCAGCCAGAAAGCAGGAUCCAGAGUGGGCAGGACUCACUUCUUUUAGAGUUAGAGCUGGACACCCGCCCUGGACACUUAGGGGAAGACUCAAGAGUGUGGCCGGAGGGGACAGGAAGUACAGGUCGCUGCCAAGAUUGUGCCGCAGGGCACAGCUUCUGCCCAGCACAGCUUCAGAAAACAGCCAGGCCCACUUCCUGGGUCUCCUCAGGAAGUAAUGGUAAGGCGGAACCAGCCCUCCUGACGAUGGGAGGAGCUGUGGUGGACGAGGGUCCCACGGGCAUCAAGGCCCCCGAUGGAGGCUGGGGCUGGGCCGUCCUCUUUGGUUGUUUCGUCAUCACUGGCUUCUCCUACGCCUUCCCCAAAGCGGUCAGUGUCUUCUUCAAGGAGCUCAUGCAUGAGUUUGAUAUUGGCUACAGCGACACGGCCUGGAUCUCCUCCAUCCUGCUGGCCAUGCUAUACGGAACAGGUGAGGGGGGGCCCAGGAGCCCAAGUGAGCUAAGGGGCCUGGGGAGAGUCCUGGGGGUGGCUGGGGAUCCUGCCAAAAAGCCACAGGUUCUCUGAAGGCAAAGUGUGUCC